CCUUUUUCAUACGAAAAACAUGCUCAUAAAGUGUAGUACAACUCCUAAAACGUUCAGUCUUCUACUAUCUCAAAACUGAAACCGAAAUUGAAUACUCGCGGUCAGUUCGUGUGUUGUGGGCCGCAACAAUGGCGAGUGCGGUACGCAAGAAACUUGUUAUUGUUGGAGAUGGUGCAUGCGGGAAAACUUGCUUACUUAUUGUAUUCAGCAAAGACCAGUUUCCUAAGGUAUACGUUCCUACUGUAUUCGAAAACUAUGUUGCAGAUAUCGAAGUUGAUAACAGACAAGUUGAAUUAGCUCUCUGGGACACUGCUGGUCAAGAAGAUUAUGAUAGGCUACGGCCACUUUCUUAUCCUGACACGGAUGUAGUUCUGUUAUGUUAUAGUAUUGACUCUCCUGACAGUUUUGAAAACAUUCCUGAGAAAUGGUUACCAGAAAUCCGUCAUUUUUGUCCUGAUGUUCCCAUUGUCUUAGUUGGAAACAAAAAAGACUUACGACAUGACGAGGCUACAAAGAAUGAGCUACAUAGAACCAAACAACUUCCCGUCACUUUUAAUGAGGGUAAAGAAAUGGCUGAAAAUAUUAAUGCUUAUGCCUUCUUUGAGUGUUCAGCUAAGACCAAGGAAGGAGUCAGCGAUGUUUUCGUAGCAGCUACUCGAGCCGCCUUGAAUUCAGCGAAGAAGAAGAGGAGGAGGUGUGAUUUAAUUUGAUCUCCACUGUUCUCUAAAUUGUCUAAAUUUGAUUUUCCGGUCUCCGAAACAUACAUUCCCCUCCUAAUUCUUCCUCAGGACCUUAAAUUGCUGCUUCUAUCGGCUACGUGUUUCUUUAACAAUCAUAUUUUUUGUUUGCCAACAAGACAAUCCAUUCCACGGAAAUAUUUGCCAUUUAUUUUUGCCUUGAUACUAAAAUAGGGCAUGCCUCAUUCAGCUUUCUAACUUUGUUUUCAAGCAUUCUGCCUGUUAAGUGUAGCAAAAUAUACAAAGUCAAUUUACAACUAGCUUUUGUUCCAAGGUUAUCUAGUCUGGAAAAUAAUUGACACACCUGUUUACCAUAUGCUAUGCUUCGUAUAUUCACAGGAGUGAGCUGGAAUAUUGCCUUGUUUACUUCUGUUUGGUUUAGAUCAAUUAGUGUUACUUCUCCAGUUACAUCUGAUUUAGUUUUGGCUCGAAGCAGUGUACUGGCCAUGAAUACUUUCAUUUACCAAUGCCAUUAUCUGGUGUUUUUGUGAUAUUUAGUGAGUGUUUUACUUGUCGUUGUUGUGAAACGUACUUUUUAACCCUUAUUUGUUUGACAAUGUAGUUUCGCCUACUAUUAUGAACUGAAUUUGUGUGGCAGUGGAAAAUCCGACACAUCGCAGUGCCUAGGGGAUUGGUGGACUUGUCUCACAAAACGACUUAAGCGAUUCAGUGGAAAUCAGCCUAGUUCACUGCCACCAAGAAAGCCGGAUUAAACUAUUUACUUGUGUAAAAGGCCAGCGACUUGGACUUGUUAUAAAACGGGUCUUCUUGUUCCUAACUUUCCUGCGUACUUCGAAUCACCUCGAGGUAUUUUGAACAUAUACUGUUAUAACCAACCUGAUCCGUUGUCCUAAACAUCACAAACCCUAAACCUAGGUUGCCAUCAAGUAUCUGGUGGAAUUUGAAAUACUUCUGCUAUAUCUCAACAAACAGCUCUAUUACCAACCAUUAUUUGAUUGACUAGUGGCUCAGAACGCCAAGUAAUAUUCUUGUUAUUUGUAACCCAAAUGUAAAUGCUCGACUGAACCAUAUUUGUAAGAGUUGUAGUUGUUGAGGUAUCUGCCUAGACUUCCUCCGUGAGUAGUUUUCGUCUUGAAUUGUCCCAGUCGUGUUGCAUUGCUCUGUAUUUUAUUUCCUGUUAAGACUGACUAUUGCGUAUACCUCUCCAUGUAUACUUAUUUACCAAUAGCUUGAAACCUGUCACCCGACUACCUGGUGUGUUCUUUAGCUAAUGGUAUUUCUUCCGAAGGAACUCGGCUUUCAU